AUGGCACAAACCUUGGGCUCAAGAGAAAACAACCUUAAGGAAGUUAAUGUCAUAACCACUCGGUCCAGUAAGGUUAUUGAACCAACCCCCAAACCUAGGGAUGAUAAAAAGAACCCUAGUAAUUCAGAAGAGAGUACCCCUAGUGAGGAGGUAGUGAAAAAUCCAUCUAGAGUGCAUUUCCCUCAAGCUCUCAAGAAACACCAUGUCAAGAAAAUUACUUUCUUGAUUGAACAUGUGAGUGCUAUGAUUGAGCAAAAGAUCUUACCAAAGUAUAAGGAUCCUGGUUGUCCUAAUGUCUCUUGCAUCAUCAGGAACCAUGUGAUUUCACAAACCCUUCUUGAUAUAGGGGCUAGUGUCCGCAUCAUGCCGUAUGAUAUUUACUUGUCAUUAGGGUUAGGAGAGAUGAAACACACUUCAGUAAGUUUACAAUUGGCUGAUCAGUCCACUAUUAGGCCUAAGGGAGUAGUUGAGGAUUUGUUGGUACAAGUUGACAAAUUUCAUUACCCUAUUGACUUCUCGAUUUUGGACAUAAAAGUCGAUGUGAAUGUUAACUCCAAAAUUCUCAUAAUUCUUGGUAGAUCUUUUCUUGCCACAGCUAAUGCUCUUAUCAAUUGCAUGAACGGUCUAAUGAAACUAUCAUUUGGGAACAUAACCCUAGACAUCAACAUCUUUCACAUCAUGAAGCAACCUGAGGAAGAUGACGAGUAUCAUCAGACAUUCAUGAUUGAUGUACUCGUUCAGGAAGAAGUACCUACGAUUAUUGACCCGGACCCUUUAAAUUCUUUCCUUUCGAAUUUUGAAAUUUCGAUAAGAUAUGAUGCCGAUGAAUAUGCUGAUAUCUGUGCUGCUUUUGAUGAUUUGCAGGAUUAUGGAACAUCACUAGUGCUUAUCUCCAAUGAGCUUGGUGCAAUGCAAGGAAGAUUGAUAGUGCCCUGGCUAGAUGCGGACUAA